AUGGCGCAGAAGCUCUCCUCGUUAAGCGGCAAUCUUGAACGACGCGCAGUCGUUUCGGUCCUCCUCUUCCCGUUCCACCCCUAUGCCUCUAAGCCUUACCGACUACUCCUCUUCCGCCGUUCCAACAAGGUCAGCACGUACCGAAAGAAACUAGCUCCCAUCGCGGGCUCAAUCGAGGUCGAUGACAAGACACCACUAGACGCAGCAUGGAGAGAACUCGGCGAAGAAACCGGUCUCGGCCCGCAACACAUUGAGCUAUGGCGCCGCGGUCCGGGAUUCGAGUUCACCGAUGAGAAAGCUGUAAGCGGCAGCGAUGGAACAAGCGUGAAGAAGGGAAGAAUAUGGACCGUUCAUCCUUUUGCGUUCCGGAUGAAGCAGGAGUUUGUGGAUCAAAACAACAAUGUCGAUACCUCCGUCAUGCAUCUCGAUUGGGAGCAUUUCAACUGUGAGUGGAACAAUGUCGACGACAUACUGAGCGGCAAGAUAUUGGAUGAUUGCGUGCCCAGACUAGAAAUCACGCUCGGGCAGGUCUGGAUUGAACCUGGAAGCCUCCUACAUCAAGCGGUUGAAGAACUUCGGCUGGAUCAUGUGCACGGUGCCAGGGAGUUGGCUACAAUGGCCGUGAAGAGUCUGAUCAAAAUGGUCGAAAGUGACCAGCAGGCUAGUGAGAACGACAGCCCCGAGGACAUCACAAGAUGGUGGGAGAGUUUCAGACUCAAAGCGUUCCAUCUAGCCGUGAAUGCUCGGCCAAGCAUGGGAGCAGCGAUAUCGAGUGCUGUUGUAACUGCUCUCCAGGAUGUCAAAACCCACAUCAACGAAGGUGAACAGGGCGUCCUCCACAAGGUGAAAGAGUCACUCGAAAGAAAUGUGACCAAGCGAGGUGAGAUCUCGAAGCGGGUGUGUGAACAGUUCUCUACCUUCCUGCAAGAGAAACUCCGAGGACAAGCGGAAAGCAGUAAGGACAAAGGAAGCAUCAAGGUUCUGACCCUCAGCUCCUCGUCCACGAUUAAAGCAGCAAUACUACAUGCUCUCGACGCCAACCCUACUCUCAAGAUCGAACUUCGCAUUCUGGAAUCGCGCCCACUUUGUGAAGGUGUGGGAUUCGCGAAAGCACUGACCGACGAGGCAGAGAAGCGCCGGUCAGGCCAGGCAACCGGACCCACGUUCCAUGAUCGACUGCGAGUUGUGGUUGCCACCGAUGCCUCGGUAGGUCUUCUCAGCAGAGAAGUUGAUCUGGUCCUCGUCGGAGCAGAUCGUAUUUCCGAGUCUGGAGAUGUGAGUAACAAGACCGGGUCGCUGCCCGCCGUGUUAACAUGCAAACACAUCACAAAUGGCUCGGCAAAUGUGGUUUGUAUCAGCGAGGCAGAGAAAAUCGCGCCGCCGGGCGCUGCUUCAGAACAUCCUGAAGAAGAUAAUGACCAGCGUGAAGUUGUCAGUGGCUGGAACUUGUCGGCCACAUCGCCGUUGUGGAACGAGAUGGUUGGAGUACGCAACAUCUACUUUGAAUGGAUUCCUGCGAAAUAUGUUGACUACUAUGUGUGCGAGGAUGGCGCCCUGUCUACUGAAGAGAUUCAACAACGAUCCAAGCAGAUCUCAGAGUUGACUGCCGAAGUCUUCCCUGUUUUCAAGGUCGACGACUUCCACGGGUGA